UAAAUUUGUUGUUUUUGGAUCGGUUUAAAAUAUUGUUAAUUGUAUUUUUGUUUAAACUUUUAUAUAUUAAUUUUUAAUAAUUAGGCAUGUGAUUUUGCAAACAGCUUUAAUUAAAAUAUCCUAAAUAAACUUCGGUUUCAUGUAAAAUAUAACAAACUUCGAUUAACUUUCUCUGAUAUUAAAAACAACCAAAUUCUCCCACUCAGUCCCUGAAUAAGGGCAUCAAUAAUUGAUUCAUUCAUACAUAUUGCAAUUAGCAUAGCUUCCAACGUGGCUUGUUAAUUUUCAUUAUAAUUUUAAUAAAGUGUUAAUUGUGUGAGCAAGGUGCAUACUUACUACAUAAUAAGGCACUACAUGCAGGGGACAAACUGGGUGAAGUGACACAUUUUUGUAUAAUUGUCUACUACACCUACCUUACUCGCAAUAUAGUAUAAGAGGUUUCAGUUUACUUGCUGUUGGAGAACUCACUGACAUUAAUUAGAGUUAGACUUUUUGUAGUCCCCUUGAGAUCUUACCGUAAUCUACUACUAAGUAAUGGGCUUUGAUGAUGUCAUUCCACUCCUGGGAGAUUUUGGAAAGUACCAGAGAAGAAUUUACUUUUUGCUCUGCCUGCCUGCCAUAACUUCGGCUUUUCACAAAUUGGGAAAUGUAUUUCUUUUGGCAGAGCCCCAAUAUAGGUGUCGUCGGCCGGAUGAACCGUCGGACAGUCCGUAUGAUCUACAACCUUCGGAUCUAGAAUACUGGUAUCCAUAUGACAUGCAAAAAAAGAUAUUUUCUUCUUGUGAAAUCAAAUCGGGAAACACCACUACCAAAUGUUCUGAAUUCGUUUAUAGUCACGCCGAUUAUGGAUACACAACAGUUAUAGAGUGGAAUCUCACAUGCGACAAGGCCUACAUGAUAGCAACUUGCAAUGCAAUGUUUAUGGUCGGGGUUAUGCUAGGAUCUAUUAUAUUCGGAGAAACCUCGGACAGAUGGGGUAGAAAACUUACUUUUCUUAUAUCAUCGAUACUGCAAGUGCUUUUCGGUGUUAUUGCCGCCUUUGCACCCGAAUUUUGGACGUUCGCCGUAGCCCGGAUGAUCGUUGGUGCUGCAGCAUCGGGGGUGUUUUUAGUCGCGUAUGUAAUGGGCUUAGAGAUGGUUGGAUCGUCAAAACGCCUCGUCGCAGGAAUGGUUGUAUUCAUCUUUUUCUCAGGAGGUUACAUGUUAAUCGCCCUUUUUGCCAAACUGCUACCGAACUGGAGGCAUCUACAACUAGCCCUAACCUUACCAGGGAUUUUGUUUAUCUUCUAUUGGUGGCUUAUACCGGAGUCGGUGAGGUGGCUGUUGUCGAAAAAUAAGACGAAAGAGGCCAAGGACAUCAUCCAAAAGUGCGCCAAGACGAACGGAGUCACGAUUCCCGAUAAUAUUUUGGAUGAUCUGCUUAAAGAAGGGGAAGAGGAAAAAAGCCCAAAAAGUGAAUCUCAGAUGACCGCGUCGGUUAUCGAUCUAUUCAAACAUUCCAAUUUGAGGAAACGAUCACUUAUUAUAUUUUUUGAUUGGUGUGCCAAUAAUGUUACCUAUUACGGUCUUUCCUGGAAUACGAACAACUUAGGCGGUAACCCGUAUCUUAAUUUUGUUAUAUCGGGAGCAGUAGAAACCCCCGCAAACAUUUUCACUUUGCUUACUUUAAACCGGUGGGGAAGAAAGAAAAUAUUGUGUGGCAGUAUGAUUGUUGCGGGAUCAUCUUUGUUGGCCACUAUAAUAACACCCAGCAAUCUGGAAUGGUUAAUUAUACUUCUGGCAAUGAUUGGGAAAAUCUCCAUAACAGUGAGUUAUGGAACAAUUUACAUAUUUUCUGCUGAACAAUUUCCUACUGUCGUGCGGAACGCCGGGCUUGGAGCUAGUUCUACAUUUGCAAGGUUGGGAUCCAUUGUGGCUCCGUAUAUUAAUAUAAUGGCUCACUAUUGGAAACCCAUCCCGUUGCUAGUUUUCGGCUCAUUGGCCUUCACUGGUGGUAUUCUAUCACUAAUACUGCCUGAAACGCUAAACAGGAAACUGCCGGAAACUAUAGCUGAGGGAGAAGCUUUUGGAAGAAAGCAAAAAACACCCCUAAAGACUGUACAAGUAAUAGAUAUUUCGAAAGAAGCAAAUGAAUCUGAUAACCCCGCAGUAGAUUCGACCCUGCUAAAUAGGGGCUCCAAGGACAUCUGAGCUUUUACUUUGUUGCAUUUAAAAAAUUCCAAAGGAUUUAUUUUUAGAUCUAAGAAUAGCUUUUGCUGCCAAAAGUUUACCUAUUGAUGGUUUAAAGUUUGAACUAGUAUUAUUACCACGUUUUAGUAUUUUUUUUGUAUUUAUAGAGUUUUUACAGUUAACGUAUGUUUUUUUUUACUUAAUUUAUAAUAAUGAUAAAAUGUCUGGUUGAUUUACAUUAUACCAAAAAAUGUUUUGUAUAUACAAAGAAAAGGCCGUGAUUUGAGAGAUUAAUUAUUUAUGAUUAUAAUUUGUAUCGGAUUAUUCCAGUUUAAAAAAUGUCGUAGGGAUAAUAAAUUUAUUUAAAGCAA